ACUAUUACAAUACGAGAGCGAAGAAGAAGAACUUUUGCGAAAAUUCGCUUUUCUCCCGAGUUUUCAUUGAUUAAACAAAUCUAAAGUAGCAAGAGCAUCGUGGAAAAUGUCGCUUUUCCGCAAACCGAAGAAAAUUCAGCGGCGCGUGUUUUCCAGCAACGCGGACGAGGAGGAAGACGGCACAUCCUUAGAUCCGGACGCCGAAAUGGAGGCUCCUCCGCCUCCCGUAAUUUCCGGCAAGCGGGACAAAGAGAAGAGCCGGAAGGCCAUAAAACCGCAGGAGGACAGCGGCAAGCCGAAAGCACUGCUCAGUUUCGCAGAUGAUGAGGACGAUGGCGAGGUCUUCCAAGUGCGAAAAUCGUCGCACAGCAAGAAAGUGAUGCGCAUGAUGGACAAGGAGCGGCGCAAGAAGAAACGUGAGGAGCGGGCGGAAAACAGCGGACAUCCCGGUGGCGAAAAUGGUAGUACACAGCAUUUAGAGUCGUCCGGUGGCCUAUCUUCGGGUCCUGCCAAUUCCAACUCGAAUCCUGCCAGUGCUGGCAGAUAUAAAAGUGCCAGCGAUCAGAGUAAAAGUAAAAAAAGUGAUAAUCAUAUGAUCCAAACCGAAAUACGCACAGACGACUUUGUGCUAGUGGUAAAAAAAUCAGAGACCCCCGAAGCAGUUCUAAAUGGUCGAGCUGCCCUCUGUGCUGGGCGGGAGGAUAUGAGCGACGAUGAUGAGCAGCAAUCCGAAGAUGGAGGCCAUGUCAAAACCCGCCAUCGCUUUUCUAAGCCGGAACAUUUAAAACAGAUGUUGGAGAGCGGUUCUAUUCCAGAUGCAGCCAUGAUACACGCUGCUCGAAAGCGCCGCCAGCGAGCCAGAGAACAGGGUGCUGGUGACUACAUACCCGUUGAGGAGCCCAAGGAGCCGCCAAAGCUAAGCACCCGUCUGCCAUGCGAAGACGUCGAAGGCGAUCAAUCGGAUGACGAGGAGCGCAUGGAUAUGAACGACAUUACCGGGCGUAAAGAGCGCGAGGAGCGCCGCGAACAGUUCUAUGCCGUCGAAAAUGAUUCCACCGACGAAGACUCUGAUCGCGAGAUGAACGAGUGGGAGAAUCAACAGAUCCGCAAGGGAGUGACGGCUGCCCAGUUGGUUCAUUCUCAGCACGAAACUGUACUCUCCCGUUUCAUGAUCAAGCCUGCUACUCCUGGAGGCGGAUCCGCCAUAGACGACGGAGAUUUAGCGGCGCCGCAGUCCACGUCGACACUGCUGGAGCAGGCCUACGCCAAAAACGCUCUCGACCGCAGCAAUUUGGCUGCUGCAGUUCGCUCAUCCGCCAAGUCCAAAAAGGAGAAGGCCAAGGCUACGGCGUUGCGCACUCCGCAGGAGAUCUUCGCCGCCAUUCAAGCGCGUCUUAGCGAGCUCAAAGAACGCUCGACGGAUCACACCGCCAGUAUGGCCAGGAUCAGUAUCGAAAUAAAAGCAAUAAAGCUCCAGCAGCUGGAGUGCCAGCAGAACGCACCCACAGCAGCGGCAAAGUACAAGUUCUACCAAGAGGUAAAAUGCUAUGUGCACGACCUUGUCGAUUGCCUGGCCGAAAAGGCGCCGGUCAUCAACGACCUUGAAAAGCGAUCCCUGCUGCAGUACGGAAAAAACCAACGCUAUCUGGUGAAUCGGCGGCGGCAGGAUGUCCGGGAUCAAGCCAAGGAAAUCGCCGAGGCAGCAAAGCCCGUCUCAGCUGCUGUACGUCGAACACCAGAAUACGAAGAGCAAGUCCGCCGUGCCGCGGAAAGAGAGGGUCGAAGGACACGGCGUCGAUGCGAACGUGAGCGGAACGAUCUGCUUUCCUCCCACCUAGAUGGCAUGUCCAGCGACGAUGAAAUCGCCGACCAACAACAGGAGCAGAGCGUGGCAUCUACGGCGCAGAUAGAAUCCCAGUCGGUGGAGGCCUUUGAGGACGUUACCGACGACUUCAGCAAGAUCGAGCUGAUCCUGAUGAAGUUUUAUGCCUGGCGAAAGACGGACAUGUCCUCGUACCAGGACGCAUUCAUUAGCCUGUGCCUUCCGAAACUCUUGGCGCCGCUGGUGCGCCACGAACUGGUCCUGUGGUCGCCGCUGUUGGAUGAGUACUCGGACAUAGAGAAUAUGCGAUGGUAUCAGGCCUGCAUGCUGUACGCUUGCCAGCCAGAUGAGACCGUAGAGCAGCUAAAGAACGACCCGGAUGUCAAUCUGGUACCGGCACUCAUCGAAAAGAUUGUGCUCCCCAAGGUAACGGCUCUGGUCACGGAAUGCUGGGACCCCUUGUCCACCACGCAGACCCUUAGAUUGGUUGGGUUCAUCAAUCGUUUGGGCCGUGAAUUUCCGCUGAGCGGCAGCAACAAACAGCUUAACAAACUUUUCGAAGCCAUCAUGGAACGCAUGCGGUUAGCCCUCGAAAACGACGUCUUUAUUCCCAUCUUUCCAAAGCAAGUGCAAGAAGCGAAGACUUCUUUCUUUCAGCGACAGUUUUGCAGCGGUUUGAAGCUAUUUCGCAAUUUUCUCAGCUGGCAGGGUAUUCUAGCGGAUGAACUGCUGCGGGAGCUAGCCAUUGGAGCGCUGCUAAACCGCUACCUUCUGUUGGCCAUGCGGGUCUGCACGCCAAACGAUGCCAUUAACAAGGCCUACAUCAUUGUGAAUACCCUGCCCACGGUUUGGCUGCUCCCCAAUAGCGAAACCCUCAAAAACAUGGAGCUUUUCAUAGGAUAUAUAAAACAAACAUUAGAGAGCUGUGAUGCAAGCAAUCCAGUCUUCAUGCAAUCGAGCGAUAAGGCCAAGCAAAUACUUCAAAGACUACAUAGUUUAUAAAGUGCAGGGAUCAUCAUUCACUUCACAUCAAUCCUAACAAUCAAAUACUCGUUGUAGAACGCAUGGAAGCACAACUUAUAUCUUUCUUGUUAGAAAAUCUUAUAACUAUAAGACUCCAAACAAUGUAAAUAAUUAGCAAGUGGUCAUUUCUAAAUCAAAGCUUGAGGCUUACCAAACUAAAUUGAGUAUAGCACUUUCAACACAAUCAAUUUUAAAUCGUUUUUCUAGGAACAUAAAACCUCGAAAGUGAUAAAAUUUGGAACUCUGUUUAAGGCUCAUCGUUUUGUAUCUUUACUGAUUGUAUUUAGGCGACUCUCAUGCAUAGCAAUAAUAAAAACAAUUUAUAAACUAUGAAAA